AUGGCUGGACCUAGCUUCUGGUCCCGUGCUGCUCUCACUGCCUUUCAUCCCCCCGCCUCUUCUUCCCUUCCCCCUUACGUCCCUCCAACCCCCGGCUCCCCCUCCCACCAGUCCACCAUCCCGCUGUCCAACACGGACACGCUGUACGCGGCAGCAUGGCUGGACCUCGCCUCAGGGCCGCUGCUGCUCUCCCUGCCGCUGGUGGCCCAGCCGCGCUACUACAGCGCGCUGCUGCUCGACCCCUACAGCGACGUCCUUGCUGUGUUCGGUGCCCGCACCCAUGGGGCCGGGCCGCUGGCGUCAGGCAGGCGCAGCAGGGGGAGGAGGAGGGGGCGGAGGGGGGGUGGGGGUGGGGGUGGGGGAGGGGGUGGGGGUGGGGGAGGGGGAGGGGGAGGGGGCGGGGGAGGGGUAGGGGGCGGGGGAGGGGGAGGGGGAGGGGGAGGGGGAGGGGGAGGGGGAGGGGGAGGGGGAGGGGGAGGGGGAGGGGAGAAGGCAUCGAGCAGCAGCGACACCGUGCUGGGCGUGAGCAGCAGGACUCGCAGUGUGUUUGUGAUCGUGCGCGUGCUGGUGGCGGGGCCUGAUGACGUGGCAGUUGCCAGCAGCCUGCUCAGCAACGUCACUCUCACGCGCCCCACCACCAACGCCCCUCCCACCCCCCUGCCACCGCCCGACCUCUCUGCGCUGGCGGGGCUGCCAGAUGGCAUGCAGCGAUUGGUGCUCAUCGACCGCACACUACAGGACAACCCGCCCGCCCAAGACGAGGCUAACCUCAGGGCACUCAACCAGCUGGCAGCCAUAGGCAUCUCCUCCUCGGGGCCGCCCUUCUCCCCCGCCGCCCUCUCGCCGCUGCAGCGCUCCGCGCUCACGCAGGCGUACACAGUAGCGAACGUGACAAUAAGGGGCGCGUACACGCUGAUGCUGCUGGGCGUGAACCGCUCCGUGGUGGUCAACCGCUGGCUCGCUGACACGUCGCUGGGCUACUACGGCGAUCGAUUUCUGUUCCGAGCAGCCUUCUCAUCCACAGGCGGGCUGGGAGCGCUGCCCGCCUCUGAGUCCCUCUACUUCUUCACCUGGCAGGGGCCCUUCGGCCUGCGCUACGACGGCAGCUCUGCCAACUACUCCUUGCACCUCUCUCCACCGCCCGUCACCGCUUGCGGCUUCUGGUCACUCACAGUGUACGACGCGGACGGGUUCCUUCCCGAGGGCAUGUGGCGGAGCAGCAUCGGGGAUCGCACCAAGGGGUUGGCGUACAACCCGGACGGCACACUCACUGUUCCCAUCCAGCUGGCCGCGCCGGCCAAUGCGAGUGUGGGCGGCAACUGGCUGCCGACACCGAAUGCAACGUUUUCAGUGGUGCUGAGAGUGUACAGCCCCACUGAGAGCGUGCUGAAUGGGGACUGGCGGCCUGAGGCCGUGCAGUUGGUGUGA